AUGGAUGGAGACAAAGGCAAGACAGCUGAUAGAGUUUUGACUCAGAAAGUGCACAACUUGGUAUUGGUGUGUGCAGUGUUCAAAACGCUGUCGUAUAAUGUCAAGGCCAAAAGGUUAGAGUGUCUUUAUGGCCAGCCCAAGAUCUGUUUCUAUUUGGGUUCUCACGGCCCACAGGGGCAUUAUGUCAAUGCCUCUAAGUUGACGGAGUUCUUGGCUUAA